AGGAUUGCGGUGCAGGGGAGUGGAGAAGGGUACAUAUAAGAGGAAGCUGGAGGCCCAGGAAGCGGCCUGCUCAGGCAGCUGGGGAGCAGGAACCUGAACCGGAGGAAGAGGCCGCGCCAUGCCCUCCUCUGCCGCAGCCAGGAUGGGGCUGAGGGCGUCUGGGACAGGUUUUGUGGUCCUGGUGCUGCUCCAGAGCUGUGCUGCAUACAAGCUGAUCUGCUACUACACCAGCUGGUCCCAGUACCGGGAGGGUGAUGGGAGCUGCUUCCCAGAUGCCAUCGACCCCUUCCUGUGCACCCACGUCAUCUACAGCUUUGCCAACAUAAGCAACAAUGAGAUCGACACCUGGGAGUGGAAUGACGUGACACUCUAUGAUACACUGAACACACUCAAGAACAGGAACCCCAAGCUGAAGACUCUCCUAUCUGUUGGAGGAUGGAACUUUGGUCCUGAAAGAUUUUCCAAAAUAGCUUCCAAGACCCAGAGUCGCAGGACUUUCAUCAAGUCAGUGCCACCAUUUCUGCGGACCCAUGGCUUUGAUGGACUGGACCUAGCAUGGCUCUACCCCGGGCGGAGAGACAAGCGGCAUCUCACCGCUCUGGUCAAGGAAAUGAAGGCUGAGUUUGCAAGGGAAGCCCAAGCAGGCACAGAGCGGCUCCUGCUCAGCGCAGCAGUGUCCGCAGGGAAGAUUGCUAUUGACAGAGGCUAUGACAUCGCCCAGAUAUCCCGACACUUGGACUUCAUCAGCCUUUUGACCUAUGACUUUCAUGGAGCCUGGCGCCAGACAGUAGGACAUCACAGCCCCCUGUUUCGAGGCCAGGAAGAUGCAAGUUCUGACAGAUUCAGUAAUGCUGACUACGCGGUGAGCUACAUGCUGAGGCUGGGGGCUCCAGCCAAUAAGCUGGUGAUGGGCAUGCCCACUUUCGGGAGGAGCUUCACUCUGGCCUCUUCCAAGACAGAUGUGGGAGCCCCCAUCUCAGGGCCAGGAAUACCAGGCCGGUUCACCAAGGAGAAAGGGAUUCUUGCCCAUUAUGAGAUCUGUGAUUUCCUCCACGGAGCCACCACCCACAGAUUCCGUGACCAGCAGGUCCCCUAUGCCACCAAGGGCAACCAGUGGGUGGCAUAUGACGAUCAGGAGAGCGUCAAAAACAAGGUGCACAUAUACGCCACUUAUUUAUGCAUUCCUCUGCGGAGGCAGAGCUGUGUUCUCCAAGUUUAAUGUUAUCAACAAUGCUGCUGUGAAUGUUUACAUGCAUGUUCCUGGGACUGUAACUGCUGGGUCACACGUUUUCAGUUCGACUAGAUACCAUCUCACUUUUUUCAAAGAGAGUGCUCCUAUCUACAGUCCCGCCAGCAACAAAUCUUAAUGUUCUAUUGGAUGAAUGACUGAGUGACUGGGAAUCUGGCCAUACCUGCCUCAUUUU